GCUGGUUUAUGCAGGAGUUGAUUGACAGUAGCAGGGAUAAGAAUAGGGGACAUACUACAGGGGAGGCAUAACAAAAUCCACGUUCAUUCCUGGCUUCUCCUUUCACAGAACUGCCCUGGUAACCUGAUGACUAAUCUAUCAUCACGUGUUGAUAGACAACUCAAAAAAAAAAAAAGAGAGAAAAAAAUAGCGUCGACGUCGACAGAGCAAGAAACAGCAUCGUCAUUCACCAUGGCAGCUGCAGUAACACGAUCACAGCCGUCGGGCACGCGAGAUAUACUGACCCUUCUACAAAAUGUCAGCAAUUCUCUUUCCAGCGCAGAGCCGUCGCUCCCCAGCGCGAAGAGAGAUGAAUCCGUCGGUGUCUCCAUUGAACCUCCACAGGAUGGCAUUUCGCUUCUGGAUACGAAGAACGACAUUCUCCUCUCCUAUCUGCACAACCUGGUCUUCUUAAUUCUUUUCCAAUUGCGCGAGAUCUCCCCAUCGAAAUCCGAUCUCGGUGAGGAGGGUAACAGUGCCGCCGGAAACAAAACACGCGAGGAAGUCAUCAAGAAACUGGUGGAAUUACGCAUCUACUUGGACCGUGGUAUUAAGCCGUUGGAAGGUCGACUGAAAUACCAGGUGGAUAAAGUCAUCAAAGCUGCCGAAGACGCAGAGCGGGCGGAGCGUGAGGCUCAGGCUGGCACGAAGAAUAAGACGAAGAAAGCUUUAAAACCAAGCCACGAUGACGAAUCUGCAUCCGAGGAUAAUGAGGAUGACAGUGAAAGUGGCAGCGAAGAUGAGGAUGAGGAUGAUGAAGAAGAAGAGGAAGAUGACAUUGAUGAAAUGGCCUACCGACCCAACGUUUCUGCCUUCUCCAAGGAUGUAGAACCCCAAGCAAAACCCGACAAAUCAGCCAGCAAAGCCUCAUCGGAUGGCAUCUAUCGCCCACCCCGGAUUAUGCCAACAGCACCGCCCACAAAUGAGCGUCGCGAGCGCGAAGAACGCCGCCAGGUCAAGUCGAAUGUUAUUGACGAAUUCGUCGCGUCAGAAAUGUCAUCCGCACCGAUGGCAGAGGUUAGCAUUGGCAGCACCAUCCGUUCCGGUGGGAGACAUACUAGGACCAGGAAGGAGAAGGAAUACGAAGCGGAGCGACAAGCAUACGAAGAAACCAACUUCGUGCGCCUGCCUAAGGAAAGCAAGAAGGAGCAGGCUAAGAAACGCAACCGUGAGAGUACAUUCGGAGGCGAGGAGUGGAAGAUACUUGGUGAGGGUGCGGAUCGCAUAUCGAGACUCACGCAGCGAGCCAAGGGGAGUGGCAGCGCACUUGAAAGAAGCCGGAAGCGGAAACUUACUACUGAGGACCGGCCUCGGUCUGAUGGAGUGGGCAAUGUCUUUGAAAAGCGACGGAAGAAGGUUGAUAGUUGGAAACGGUAGUGGCUGCAGUUUUGCACUCUGUAUAAGAUUCUUUUGGUUACAUACGGGUUUGGGGACACAGCGCGAAAAUUUGAUCACUUCCUACAUGUUCGAAUGCAAAUCGGAC